GGCAGUCCGUUGAGAAUGACUCGUCGCGCGCGUUUCAGCGUCUUGCGGCUCGUGGCCGUCGUGGCCGUGCUCGCGCCCUUCGUCGCGGCGAUCACCAAGAACGAUCUUUAUCCGUACGCGACACCUGGUUCCUCGUUCCUUCAGACGGACCCGAACGGGAUGAUCGUCUCCGCGGAAACGAUCCUGAAGACGCACAUCGCGUUCUACGACAAAAUCUACAACGCCAUAUUCGUAAACGGGAAUGGCGUACUCUCUUUCGCCAGGUCGAUGCAACGUUUCCUAAAUAUCGCGUUCCCGUUGGACGAUCCGGUGAUCGCGCCGCUCUACACCCACGUCGACACCAGAAGCUCCGGGCGGAUUUAUUACGGUGAAACAGAUUCACCGGAAGUGCUCGCGAGAGCCGGAGGAAUGGUUCGCAGCGCAUUCAAGGACGCGGCUGACUUUGUGCCCACACACGUGUUCCUAGCCACCUGGCUGGAGGUCGGUUACUACGACGAGAAAAGCGACAAAGUGAAUACCUUCCAAGUAGCCAUCUCGUCGAACGACACGCAUUCCUAUGUCGAGCUGCUCUACCCGGAUAAUGGGAUUCAGUGGAUCCAAGGUGCAUCGCACCCCAACGGUCUACCCGACGCGAAGGCGCAGGCAGGAUUUAUGAGCGAAGGAAGAAUGUACACGUUGAAGGGUUCCGGGACGGAUCAGAUUCAGAACGUCGACAAAUGGUCGAACGUGAACAGGCCGGGACAAUGGGUGUUCCAGGUUGGUCCGAUCUUGGACGACCAGGAGGUGAAGGUACCGGAUAAUAUUGAAGACAUCAGCGCAACUAAUCAGGUGGCCAGCUGCAGAACCGGAGCAACGACAUGCCAUAGCAAAGCAAGCUGUAUGGACUAUGAGGUCGGUUUCUGCUGUCACUGCAAGCAAGGAUUCUUCGGCAACGGCAAAUCCUGUCAGCCGAACGAUGUCCCGCUUCGAGUGAUUGGUCGUAUUUCCGGAACGAUCAACAACGUUGACCUCCCAUCAACCGAUCUGCAGUGUUACGUGCAGACCAAGGACGGACGAACGUACACGGCGUUGUCCCGGGUACCAGAGGAAAUCGGUGCCAGUUUCCAGCUGCUCGGUAAACUCGGUGGCAUGAUUGGCUGGCUGUUCGCGAAACCAAUUGGCGAGACGAGAAACGGCUACGAACUCACAGGUGGUCUGUUCAAUCACACCACGGAGCUGACGUUUCCCGCGUCCGGUGACAAAGUGACGAUCCGCGGAAAUUAUCUCGGCCUGGACGUCUUUGGGCAGCUGAACAUGGAGGCGGAGGUGACCGGCACGUUGCCGCAAUUACCAAGGGACACAUGGAUCGAGUACGGUGACUACGACGAGCUUUAUACCAGAGCGCAACCGGGCGUGAUACGUGCACAGAGCGAGAGGACCAGCAAGAUGAACGACGGAAGCGGCGAACGGGCGCUGAGCUUCACGCAGGAUCAGACGAUCCUCUAUCAGGAGUGUCCGUAUCUACCUGCCGACCCCGAAGACGACACCACACGGCUUAAGUACUUCAGGGGCUUGACGACUUACGAAGCGACCGAGGGCAUCAUUCGUUUCGCUGUGAACACGAAAGUCGCCCCCCUCGAGGAGGAAGAUCCUUGCAUUCAGGGCAGGGAAACUUGUACCGACCACAGCAGCUGCGUCGUCGACGGAGACAGCUUCAAGUGUGUCUGCAAUCCUGGAUAUCAAUAUCUAUAUGAAGAAGACGGUAGCGCGAUCUGCGUGGACGUAAACGAGUGCAGCGCCGGCAAUCACAUGUGUUCCCCUGAUGCGCAGUGUAUCAACCAAGAAGGCAGCCACACCUGUCAAUGCAGACCUGGCUUUUCGGGAGACGGUCGAAUUUGCGAGAGACUUCCCUCCUGCGAGGACACGCGGUGCGGUAAUUACGAGCAAUGCGCGAUGAUCGAGGGCGCGCCUAAUUGCGUUUGCAUGCCCGGUUUCGAAGACUCGGAGCAGGGUUGCUACCCGACACAGCGAGGUUCCUGCGAGGUCGAGGAGAACUGUGCUCCCGUUGGCGGUGCCUGUACUCUUAACGGUGAUCCAUCGAGGCACGUAUGCAUCUGUCUGCCAGGUUUCCUUGGCGACGGUUACACGUGCUAUCCGGAAGCGGACGAGACCACAACGGACGAACCACCUAAACCGCAGUGCUUGCAAGAGAUGUGCUGGUGCCCGGGUGGUUGGGACUACCGGAAUAACGAAUGCGUGCGGCAGGAAGAGGAGCAGAGGACCGUCGACUACGACCGGGACUACGAGUGCAGCGGCGACACCGACUGUGCAGAGAACGAAAAAUGCUCGUACAACCCGACCAACUCACGAUUCGAGUGCACCUGCAAUCCCGGAUUCAGUAUGGUGGACGGACGCUGCGUGGUCUCCGACUGUUCCACGAACCCUUCCCAGUGCCACGUGAACGCACAGUGCGUGUCCGCCGGCGACGGUGGCUACGAAUGCAUCUGCAUCGACGGAUACAACGGGGACGGGAUCCGUCAGUGCGUCGAGGAUCAUAUCGGCUGCAACGUUCUGAAUAAUUGCGGCAGGAACGCGGUCUGCGGAUACAAUCAGACGUCCGAGAACUUCGCGUGCAUCUGCCAACCGGGUUACUACGGCGACGGUUUCACGUGUCUUCCUCAAUCGUCCUGCCGACACGAUCCAACCCUUUGCUCGCCGGACGCGACAUGCGUGCCGGCCGGGAACAAUCAGUUCGCCUGUGUGUGCAACGAAGGGUACAACGGGGACGGGGCGAACUGCAAACCGCGUCCAAAACACGAUUCGAACUUCCUGCUGGUCAACCAAGGAAUGGCCACCCUCAGGAUACCGCUCGCGUCUUCCUACGAGAAUCCUGGCAGCCCGAUCUACAUAGCGUACACGCAAAUGGCGAUCGCGAUCGACAUCGACUGCCUGAACGGGAAAGCAUACUCCAGUGACAUCACCGGUAAUCGAAUAAUCGAGUUAACGUACAACGGAUCGAUGUCGGAGACGUUCAUGCCGAAAGUAAGCAGCCCCGAGGGACUGGCGGUCGAUUGGGUAUCCAGAAAUAUUUUCUGGACGGACUCCGGCAAGACGACGGUCGAGGUGGCCAAUCUCGAGACGAGGAAACGCAAGGUCCUCGUUUCCGACGGGCUGGUCAAUCCCAGAGGGAUAGCCGUUCACCCGUACCGAGGGAAGAUAUUCUGGUCCGAUUGGAACCGCGUCUCGCCGAAAUUGGAGUGGGCAAACGAGGAUGGGACAGGCCGCGCGAUCUUCCUUCAAGGGGAUUACGUCAAGCUACCGAAUUCAUUAAGUAUCGAUUGGGCGACGGAUGAGCUGUGCUGGGCGGACGCCGGAACGUUUACGAUAAGCUGUAUGGAAAUCGAGAGCAAGGAGAUCAACGUGGUCGCGAACGCGCUCACUUACCCGUUCGGCCUCGCGAUCUCGCAGCAGAACUACUAUUGGACCGACUGGAAGACCCACAAAAUCGAGGUUGCCAUGAAGAGCAGCGGGGACAGGAAGCCGGCCAUAGUGAUACCACCCGGAGGAAGCGGUAAAUUGUACGGAAUAGUCGUCGUUCCUGAGUCCUGCCCAAGAGUGACGAACGUCUGCCAAUACGAGAACGGAAGGUGUAACAAGGACCAAUUGUGCCUGCCGGAUGGUCAAGGUGGUAGGACGUGCGUAUGCGCGGAUGAUGCGUCAGGACCUUGCACCGAUUCUCGUUAAUCGAUGGAGUGUCGAUCCCCGUCGAGAUCGUGAAUCAGGGCGACGCAAGACCACCACCAUCACCAACACAAAGAGAUGCGACCGACGAUAAUGAAAGAGAACAACUGGUCUCGCGUCGCGUCGGUGUCGGUUGUUAGAGUCGCGUGUAAAUUAUAUUAUAUUAUUCUUGAUAUGUUUAGUUUUGUCGUCCACGUUUUUAAGUAACACAUACACAUCAUACACACACAACACACACACACACAUUUUGUAUCUAAUAUAACUGUAGCGUGAUGCUGGCUGUACGGUGCUGCGGCGGAGUGCGCCGCGUUAUUUAAUAAAAGUCUAAAAAAUA